AUCUUUCCAAUACGCAUGCGCGGUGAGCGCCAGCCUAAGUAGGCCGAGACGCAUGCGCGAAAGUGGUGCGCAUGCGCGGUAAGUGGCGGGCAGGAGACGCAACUCGGGUGGUGACAGACUCGGAGAAGAGCUUCCAGUGAACGGUGGACGGGCGAAUGGCAAUGGAGAGAGGGGAUGGUACAGGGAGAGGGAUCAUUGUGGAGCCACGAGAGCAUGUCGGUGAUACCGAGAGACGCUGUUUGCACCACUGUUCCUUUAGUGAUCAUUUGAAACACACGUAGGGAGGAUUAAAGUGGACGACGCUGCUGAUCUCUGGAAGAAACGGCGCGUUGGUUUGGACAGAUCAUAACAUUAGUAAGAGAAAAGAGGGGGAGAAUUAGGUUCCUCAGUAUGAGUCGAGAUGGAUGGAGGAAAAAAGCCAGUGAAAAUGAUGGUUGGGGAGGAGGGGGGGGCUACAUGGCGGCUAAGGUCACUAAGCUGGAGGAGCAGUUUAUGAGGGAUGCUCCCAGGGAGAAGGAAAAACAGGGGAUUUCGUCAAGCAUCUUCAGCGGAGUGGCGAUCUAUGUAAAUGGAUACACAGACCCUAGUGCAGAUGAAUUGCGUAGACUGAUGAUGCUACAUGGUGGACAGUUUCAUGUGUAUUACUCGCAUGCCAAAACUACGCACAUCAUCGCCACCAACCUGCCUAAUUGUAAAAUAAAGGAACUGCGAGGGGAGAAAGUAGUACGGCCAGAGUGGAUCACUGACAGCAUAAAGGCGGGGCGGCAGCUCUCAUAUGUGCAAUAUCAGCUAUAUGCAAAGCAGAAGGGCCUAAAUUUUACCAGUGUGCGGCCUUGGCAAGUGCAGGAGCAAGCUGGGUCUGGUCAAGUGUCAUCCCAGUUUAAUCUGAACCUGCCACAACCAAGCAACCUCCAUAAAAUCUUAAACCCAGUUCUCGCAGUUACUCCGUCCGUGCCAUCCAAAUCUACAGAGAAAACCAGUCGGCAGGUAAACAGAUUGAAUGGCUCACACACAGAUUACUCGAAGGAGGAAGGUCCCAAACUUAACGGGGUUUAUGAUGGGUACACUUGCAACAGUACCUCUUUUCCUGUUCUAAAAGCAUCAAAGGAUCAUCUGCAAAAAAAUGGCUAUGUUCAUCAUCUGAAUGGUGCCUUAAAACAUCAAGACAAUGUUUCUUGUUCAAAAUUUACACAUCAAGGACUGGAGUUCCGCUGCCCUCAACCAAAGUCUGAAGAAAUACAGACAUCCAGUUGUGGUUCUUCUAGUGUUCUUGCUUCAGAUUUUACAGCAUCCAUAGCCAGUACCUCACCACCACCCAGUCCAUCAAGGGCAAUUCAUCAUGAGCGAAUCUCUGAUUCUUUCCAGCUUUUAGAGCCACCCUCUGCCACAAUCACAGCUAUUCAGGAAAAGAAAGUAGAUUCAGAAAGGUUGCUCGGCCAAGUCAAACUUAAUGGGAGUCACCAUACUGCUAACAAUGUCACCCUAACCGGCAAACAGUCAGUAGAGGGCCCAGAGACCGGAAUUAUUUCAGAGUUCUUCUCUCACUCACGGUUCCAUCAUAUAUCUACAUGGCGGAAUGAGUUCUCAGAGUAUGUGAAUACCCUUCAGAGCAGGCGCCGGGCUGCUGGGGGUGCUGUGUUCUCGGGAAAAGAUAAGCUGAAGAAGCUUAGAAAUGACCACUGUGCAGGUACAUCAUUUUUUCCUGCUCCUCAGGUAUGUCAGUCCUGUAUUCUGCAUGUGGACAUGGACUGCUUCUUUGCAUCUGUGGGGAUUAGACAUCGACCUGAACUUAGAGGGAAACCAGUGGCUGUGACCAGUAAUCGUGGCCGGGGAUUUGUUGCUCAGCGUCCUGGUACCAACCCCCAACUGGAGUUUCAAUAUUAUAAGAUGAAGCGGAACCAGCACAGAACAGGAAAAAACAGUGAUGACAUUGAGCUGACCCCUUCGCCAGAGACUGAGGAGAUCAGCAGUAACGGAGUGGAGUAUGACCAGGCUGCUCUCUCUAUGGCAGAGAUUGCAUCCUGCAGCUAUGAGGCCAGGCAAUCUGGUGUGAGGAAUGGCAUGUUUUUUGGUCAGGCUAAACAGCUGUGUCCUGAACUGCAGUCAGUUCCCUAUGAUUUCUAUGAGUACAAAGAGGUGGCAAUGGCAAUGUAUGAAACUCUGGCCAGUUAUACAUAUAAGAUUGAGGCUCUAAGUUGUGACGAGGCCUUACUGGAUGCCACAUCCCUCCUGGCAGAGCUGGGGAUCACUCCUGAUGAACUGGCCACUGCCAUCCGUGCUGAUGUGUGGGAGAAGACUGGCUGUUGUGCCUCCAUUGGCAUGAGCUCAAACAUCCUUUUGGCUAGAAUGGCAACCCGAAAAGCAAAACCAAAUGGGCAAUAUUUUCUCAGACCGGAGGAAGUGGAUGACUUUAUCAGAGACCAGCCUGUCACUAGCCUGCCUGGGAGUGGGCGCUCUAUGAGCAGUAAGCUAAACUCUCUUGGAGUAAGUACUUGUGGGGACCUGCAGCAGUUGUCCAUAGUGCGCCUGCAAAAGGAGUUUGGCCCACGGACAGGACAAACACUCUUCCGCUUCUGCAGAGGAUUGGAUGACCGGCCUGUACGAAGUGAGAAGGAAAGGAAGUCCGUGUCUGCUGAGAUGAACUACAACAUCCGCUUUACAAAAGUAGAGGAGGCAGAAACAUUUCUGACAAACCUGUCUAUGGAGUUGCAAAAAAGAUUGCAAGGGGCAGGUCUUAGAGGCCGCCGGGUUACUCUGAAAGUUAUGAUGCGCAAAGCAGGUGCUCCUGUGGAGCCUGCCAAGUAUGGGGGCCAUGGCAUCUGUGACAACCUGGCAAGGUCUAUGUUGCUACCUCAUCCCACAGACUGCGGGCAGCUCAUAGCAGCUGAGGUCAUUAAGCUCUUCCGUGCCAUGAAACUGGCUGUUAUAGACAUGAGAGGAGUGGGACUGCAGGUGCAUCUGCUGGAGAGCUCGCACUCAGACACUCUCCAGUCUCGCUCUCGUACUAUUAGAGAACUGUUCACAAGUAGACGGCCGACCUUCAACUAUAGCAAAGAUGCUCAAAAAGCAGAUAAUUUGUCUAGAAUGUCUUCCAGUCAAAAGGAGAUUUCCUCUCCUGCCACAACCUCCUGUACUUUUUCAGAUUCGAUGCCUGGAACAAGUAAAGGGGGACCUUAUGCCAUACACUCACCCUGCCACUCUCGAGCAGACCUCAACCUCAGCAUAGAAGUGCCCUCUCCAUCUCAGGUGGAUCGAUCUGUGUUGGAUGCUUUACCUUCAGAGUUAAAAGAACAGGUAGAGCAAGCAUGGAACCACAAACUGGUACCAGAUACCUCAUUUCACCCAGCCACACCACGGCAAACCUUUACUGUAGCACCCUCUGUGCUGCUGCACCUCUCUGACCAGCCUGGGCAAGCAGGCAGCACAGGCAUCAUACUGGAACUUCCAGACUUCUCGCAGGUCGAUCCAGAUGUUUUUGCGGCACUACCCAGGGAAUUACAGGAGGAGCUACGUUCUGCUUACAGACGCAGGCAAAAUACUCAGGCUCAAGGAGUGGAGCAUAGGAACCCGCUUCUUCACCUGAAGCAGACUGCAGUCAGCAAGACAAAGCGGCGCUACAAGAGGAAAAAUGCCAGUCCUGCCAAGAAAGGCGCUAGUCCGUUAAAGAGACUUGUAUCAGGAAACAGUCCUGCCAAAUCCAGUCCCUCUAAAACCAUCCCUCUUUUAUUAAAAGGCAAAGAUGCCCUUUCUGGCUUCAAGAUUGAAAAUGGACCACCUGCACCCUCUUUGAGCCAUCAAGCCCAUGAAGUGCUAUCCAAGUCCACUCCUCGCUCUGUCCCCACCCUGGCCGGGGCUUUUGAACUUGCUGAUGUCAGAGCCCUGCUGCAGGAAUGGGUUACAACCAUUUCAGAGCCUAUGGAAGAGGACAUAUUGCAGGUAGUGAAGUAUUGCACAGAGCUAGUAGAGGACAAAGACCUGGAGAAACUUGAUCUGGUCAUCAAAUACAUGAAGAGGUUGAUGCAGCGGUCAGUGGAGUCUGUGUGGAGCAUGGCCUUUGACUUUAUACUGGAUAAUGUGCAGGUGGUGGUGCAGCAGACCUAUGGCAGCACCCUGAAAAUCACAUAGAAGCAUUUGUGAGAUAUGUUCCUGCUUCUGACACUGUGACAGCUCGAACCUGCCCUCUCACCCAGAGUGAUUAUAGAAGCAAGAUUCAGCACUAGGGGCUGCCUCCAUGCAUCUCCCUGUUGCUGUUGUAUGAAUGCAACCUUUUCUUUGUAUUAAGCCUUUUUCAAGGACAUAUAUACAGUGUGUAGUAGAAAACUACAUUUUCAACAGCAAUUUCUACUGGUACAGCAACAGAUUAUUUUUGUAGCAACAAGACACAUGGCAUGGUUUUAUGGCAAGAAUAAUGUAUCAGGAGAAGUUUAAGAUGUAUGUUUGAGUACAGAAUGACACCACAUUUUAGCCUGGUUAUAAUAUGAUCUUCAAAACUAUCCAGGUCAACAUGCUCUUUCAGAGGGACUAUUCAUUUCACGAUGAGUGCUAUAUUAACACCAGAAAUGUAUGGCAAACAUGAUAGCAAAGUAAAAGGUGACAUGAUUUUUCCUCUAAAAUACGUCAAACCCAAGGUUUUGACAAAAAAGCUAGCAUUUUGUAACUCUCAAGUGCCAGAUUUUGUAAGUAUAUUAUGUAGAUACAUGUAUGUAGAUAACUUUUAUUUUGUGUAUAUAAUGUUUACAUUUUGUCUUGUGUAAGAGAGAGAAAUGAAGAAUAAUAUAAUUGUACUUAAUCAUUUGCCAAAGUCCUUUUCAGAUUUUUAGUCCAUUUCAUUAUAUAUCUGUAUGAUAAGCCCAUAGGCCAGCAUAGAGUUUUGAGUUGCCUACAAAGGCAUUUAUCAUCUCCAGAACACUGUAAUUUAAGCCGAUUUGGAUGUUUUUAAAAGACUUGUUGUCACAAAAAUUAUAUGAGAGUUAAUCUGCUCAUAGUGCACCUGUUGUAAUCUUUUAUUCUGCCACGAAUAUACAUAAGGGAAGGCCUGGAAAUCUAUUUGGUCAGCAAAAUCUGUCUCAAAUGACUGACCUGUGCCUGAAGACCUGAAGCUGUGACACCAUUUGUAUGUUUUUUUUUAAAGAUUUGUUAAUAAACUUGGAUAUCUGCUCUUAUUAA